UUCUCACAGUUUGCAAACUGGAUUAUCCCCAGCAAGGUCCUGCUUGGAAGAUACCCUUAUGUCGAACCCAGCAGAUGCAGAACGCAUGACGAAGGAGAGGCCCAGGUAUCGCAGAUCUUGCAGGCAGGCGUCACAACGUUUAUAUCUCUGCAGGCGGAGACACCCCCGCAAACUAGCAUGACCAUGGGUGGCGUCAACGGCUUUGUGCCAUAUGCUUCUGUGGCCGCCCUGCUCGUCUCUGCCAUGUCAGGGCCUCCAGACAUGAAGGAGGUGAAUGGGCUGCGCAAUCCGUACCUGGACACAUUCCUUCCGCCGCGGCGUAAGCAGCAGCGGCAAGAGGCGCAGGAACUGGAGGAGCAGCGGCCGCCGCGCCGGCAGCUGGCCUUCCUGCACUACCCCAUCACCGACCUCGACAUACCCACCACUGACCAGGUGCGGGAGCUGAUAGGGGAGAUAGCGCGGCGGGUGGAGGCUGGCGAGGUGCUGUACGUGCACUGCUGGGGCGGCCGCGGCCGCGCGGGGACCGUGGCGGCAUGCCUGCUCGCCAGCCUCUACGGCGUCGACGCGGAGCAGGCCCUCGCGCGAGUGCAGCGCGCGUACGACACCCGCGGCGAGCUCGGUUAUGCCUCCCCUGAGACAUUGCAGCAGGUCAACUUUGUGAAGUCGUACAUUAAUGGGCAGUAG